AUGUCUGUCCAGGAUAGAGCCCAGGCGCACCUCUCGCAGCUCGACAAAGAGCUUUCCAAGUACCCCGCCCUCAACAACUUCGAGAAGCAGACCUCUGUCCCCAAGGUCUACGCCAUCCUCGGACUUGCCGGCCUCUACUUUUUCCUGAUCUUCUUCAACAUUGCCGGCGAGUUUCUCGUCAACAUUGCUGGAUUCAUCAUUCCCGGCUACUACUCGUUGAACGCCCUGUUCAGCGCCAGCAAGGUCGAUGACACCCAGUGGUUGACCUACUGGGUCGUCUUCGCGUUCCUGACGGUAUUUGAAAGCGCUGUCAGCGCGGUGUACUGGUUCCCGUUCUACUACACAUUCAAGUUCGUCCUCAUUCUGUGGAUGGCUCUGCCCCAGACAUCUGGUGCUCAGAUCAUUUUCCGCUCCUUCCUCCAGCCAGUCUUCUCACGCUACUUCUCUGAGUCUGGAUCCACUGCUGCCGAUCUCCGCGCUAAGGCUGACUCGGCUGGCAAGUCCCACGCUCUCUAA